CAUUUUGCCGCCAAAAUUUGAGAUUUUUUUCAAAAAUGGUCUAUUUUCUCGUUCUCCUCCUCUGAGAAAAUCGCAAAAUGGUGAGAGAAGAAGACGAAGAAGAAGAAGAAGAAGAGCUUCUUUCGUCUUCCGACCCAAGCGAUUCAAGCGACGAAUACACGAUUGAACGCUAUGAAGCUGAAGAAGAAGACGACAAUGUUCAAGUACAAUCGGCGGCGCAUUCGCCGCCUCCCGAUCAAGAUCGCAAAUCGACGAACGUCGAUGCUCUUGUCAGGGGCAACCUUGUUGUGAGAAGACAAGCCCUGCUUCCAAGAGUUCUUUCUGUUACGGGAGGAGCUGCAGUUUGUAGGAAACCAUUUAAACCUCCAUGUCCCCGUGGGUACAAUAACGGGAAUGAACAGCUUGCACGCCGUCUUUGGGCCCGCAAAAGGUUUGUUCCAUGGGGAUCUUCAAGGCCAGUUUUAGUUGCAAUAACCAAUCGGUUGGAUACAACAAAACCAGUUGAGAAAGAUGAGGAGGAGGAAAGUGUAACUUUGCCACCUGGAAUUGAUCCUUUGAUACUGUGGCAAUCUGAAGAAUCUGAGGAUGAAAGCAGCAGUGUGUCAAUAGUAGUGGAUCCCUUGCUUGUUCGUUUCCUACGACCCCAUCAAAGAGAAGGGGUUCAGUUCAUGUUUGAUUGCGUUUCGGGGUUGUAUAGUGCUGCCAAUAUAAAUGGAUGCAUUCUUGCUGAUGAUAUGGGUUUGGGAAAGACAUUGCAGUCAAUUACUUUACUAUAUACUCUUCUAUGCCAAGGGUUUGAUGGGAAACCAAUGGUUAAAAAGGCCAUUAUUGUAACACCAACUAGUCUCGUCAGUAAUUGGGAGGCCGAAAUCAAUAAAUGGCUGGGAGAAAGGGUUAAGCUUAUUGCCCUCUGUGAAAGCACAAGAGAUGAUGUUCUAUCUGGAAUUGAUAGAUUCACGAGUGACCACUGCUUUCUACAGGUGUUAAUUAUUUCAUACGAGACCUUUAGGAUGCAUUCAUCAAAGUUUAGCCAAAGUGAAUCUUGCGAUCUUCUUAUAUGUGAUGAGGCUCACAGGCUGAAAAAUGACCAGACAUUGACAAACCGGGCAUUGGCCUCUCUCUCAUGCAAACGCCGGAUUUUGUUAUCUGGAACUCCAAUGCAGAAUGACCUAGAAGAAUUCUUUUCCAUGGUCAACUUUACUAAUCCUGGAAUCUUGGGUGAUGCUGCAUACUUUCGCCAUUACUAUGAGACACCAAUCAUUUGUGGGAGAGAACCUACUGCUAGUGAAGAGGAGAAAAAGUUAGCUGCUGAGCGCUCUUCUGAAUUAAGUGCAAAAAUAAAUCAGUUUAUAUUGAGGAGGACUAAUGCUUUGCUAUCAAACCACUUGCCACCAAAGAUAAUUGAAGUAGUUUGCUGCAAGUUGACUUCUCUUCAGUCAGAGUUAUACAACCAUUUUAUUCAUUCCAAAAAUGUUAAACGUGCUAUUAAUGAAGAAAGAAAACAGUCAAAGAUUUUGGCUUAUAUUACUGCUCUUAAAAAGCUCUGCAACCAUCCCAAGCUCAUUUAUGAUACGAUAAGAAGUGGAAGUCCAGGAACUACAGGGUUUGAGGACUGUAUGCGCUUUUUCCCUCCAGAGAUGUUCUCUGGAAGAUCUGGUUCAUGGAGUGGUGGUGAUGGGGCUUGGGUUGAACUGUCCGGGAAAAUGCAUGUAUUAGCCCGAUUACUGGCCCAGCUACGUAAGAAGACUGAUGACCGCAUUGUUCUGGUCUCAAACUAUACUCAGACACUGGAUCUUUUCGCUCAAUUGUGUCGUGAGAGGAGAUAUCCAUACUUGAGGCUUGAUGGAACCACAUCAAUCAGCAAAAGGCAGAAAUUAGUCAAUCGCUUUAAUGACCUGUCGAAGGAUGAGUUUGUCUUCCUAUUAAGUAGCAAGGCUGGUGGCUGUGGCCUAAAUUUGAUUGGCGGUAACCGACUUGUGUUGUUUGAUCCUGAUUGGAACCCUGCCAAUGAUAAGCAAGCUGCUGCAAGGGUUUGGAGGGAUGGACAAAAGAAGAGAGUUUACAUCUACAGAUUCUUAAGCACUGGAACAAUUGAAGAAAAGGUAUACCAGCGCCAGAUGUCCAAAGAAGGGCUUCAAAAAGUUAUCCAGCAGGAGCAAGCAGAUGACCUUGUGUCACAGGGGAACUUUUUCUCAACGGAAGAUUUACGUGACCUGUUUACAUUUCACGAGAGCACAAGGUCUGAAAUUCAUGAAAAGAUGAAUUGCACCCGUUGUCAAUAUUAUGAUUAUGAGUGUGAAAGCAAAGAAGAACAUGUUGAAGACAAAACAGAACACGGAAGUCCCCAAUCUGGAAAAGAGGAAACUGACAUAGGGGGAUUUGCUGGGUUGGCUGGAUGUUUGCAUAAGUUAAAGAACUCAGAAAAACAGGUGGGAAAUCCUCUUGAAGAAGAUUUGUUUAGCUGGGGGCAUCACUUUCAUCCUGGUUCAGUACCUGAUGCCAUUCUUCAAGCUUCAGCUGGCAACGAGGUCAGUUUUGUUUUCACAAACCAAGUAGAUGGAAAACUAGUCCCGAUUGAAUCAAAGGUGAGCCCAAAGUUGCAGGAAGGGGAAGGAAAUAUCAAUGAAAACACAGUCAAGAAGACCCAAGAUUCCAACUCAAAUUUCUUAUCUCAACCCCGUAAACUACUAAAUUCUGUUUUGUCUAAUGGAAAUUCUAUGAAGAUAAAACUAUCAACUUCCUCUUUGCCUUCACAAAGGCAAACCGUUCACUCAUCAGUAAGAUCUUCCUCAAAAGGUGCAACUGGGGAGAAGAUAUUUUUAAAACCUUCUCUUGGAAAUCAACUGCCCCAAAAAAGGCCAUAUGUUGCUGGAAAACAUGAUGAUGAUGAUUUUGCAUAAAAGCUCGGCUCAGCAGAUUAAGUGAUCAACAUUUUUCCAGUCUAUUGAUUCUCAACAUGCUAACCUUGGGUCAUGGAUAGAAUCUUGAAAUUUCUAUGCACAGAAUAAAUCUCCUUUUAUAUAUCUUGCUGCCCUUAAAAGUCUGAAUUAGAUACAAGAUUACAGUUUAUGGAACCCUAUUUGAUACAGAAGAAAUCGAAACAGCUGAACUGGUAGCUAGCCAUUGGAGAAGAUGCUGGUGUGGUAAAGCUGUUGUCUGUUAGCAAGUUGGGUAGCUAUUUUUCAGGUGAUUAACUGCUAAUUGACAGUUAUUUGAGCUAGAUUAGCUGAAGAAUCAAGCUACAUUUUGCUAUAAUUUUUUUGAUAUAUAGGGGAAUUGCUAUGUACAUUGUAUUCAUUCAAUUACCAAUAUACAAGAAGUUUCUUC